AUGUCAGCAAGCCAUAAGACAAUCAGUGAACCAAAAAUUUCAGAUCUAAGUCAAUAAAUUAUAUAUUUUUUUAACGAAAUAAAUAUGGACACUGAACAUAAAUUAUCGCACAAAGCCAAAAAACGUAUUAAGGAAGUAAAGAGAAAAGCCCGACCAGAAUUGGCUGAUAAAUUCCAAUGGGUAGCUUUAAAGUAUGCAAAUAAUUUUGAAGAGUUUUUAAAAUGUAAAGAUAAUGUUGACAGAAUAGAUGUAAAUGAGGUAUCACCAGAAGAGUUCAUAGAGAGAUAUGAGAAAAUAUAUAAACCAGUAGUAAUAACGAACAUACAAACAAAUUGGCGAGCGAACCAUAAAUGGACUCAAGAGAGACUAGCCAAAAAGUAUCGAAACCAAAAAUUCAAGUGUGGUGAAGAUAACGAGGGAUAUAGUGUUAAAAUGAAAAUGAAGUAUUAUAUAGAGUAUAUGAGGACAACGACUGACGACAGUCCCCUUUAUAUUUUUGAUAGUAGUUUUGGUGAGCACCCUAGAAGGAAAAAGCUAUUAGAGGAUUACGAAGUUCCAAGAUAUUUUAGUGAUGAUUUAUUUAAAUAUUGUGGUGAAGAAAGGAGACCGCCUUACCGCUGGUUUGUGAUGGGACCACAAAGAUCGGGUACAGGGAUACAUAUUGACCCCUUAGGAACUAGCGCUUGGAACGCUUUAGUCUUUGGACACAAAAGAUGGUGUUUGUUCCCCACACAGACACCUAGAGAGCUUAUUAAGGUUACAGGGGCAGUAGGUGGUAAGCAGAGAGAUGAAGCCAUAACUUGGUUCAAACUUAUAUAUCCAAAAACACAGCUUGAUACGUGGCCUGAAGAGUAUAAACCGGUUGAAAUACUUCAGAAACCUGGUGAAACAGUGUUUGUUCCUGGAGGUUGGUGGCAUGUUGUCUUGAACCUUGAUGACACAAUGGCAGUAACACAAAAUUUUUGUAGUCGUACCAAUUUCCCUGUGGUUUGGCACAAGACUGUGAGAGGUCGUCCAAAGCUAUCUAAAAAGUGGGUAAAGGUACUAGAAUCCAAAGAGCCUGAUUUAUACAAGGUGGCAAGUAGCAUGGACUUGAACCAAGGCACUGGUGUUGCAUCAGACAGCUCUUCAAAUAGCAGCUCAUCCAGCAGUGAUAGUGACAGUAGUUCCUCUGCAAGCUCCAAUGAAGAAGACAGUGGGCAAGAAAGCAUCACUGCCCACAAAAAGAAACGAAAAAGGAAAGCUUAAAAAUAGAAGCCUUAUACACCCAGAAAUAGUAAUAAUAUGUUAAGUAAUAAGUUAAGAUUCCCUGAGGUUUUAUUGUCGUUUGUUUAAAUUUAAGCGAGCACUUGUAUUACUAGAUGUAAUUGACUAAUGUGUUGUUAUAUGUCAGAUAAAUCAGUAUCUUUUGUUAAAGGACCAACCUAAUUAUCAAUAAAUUUUAGUAUUAUGAA